CAAACCCGGAAGUGGUUCCGUUAUCACGCGUCUAGCUUGACGUACGAUGGACGCCGCAGAGGGAGGGAGCUGCGAGUCUAUUUAAAGGGUCACCACGGAGGAAUAGCAAUAAUGACAAGAGCAUGCAGUACAACAACCUCCCCGGGAGAUGAUUCACCGGCUCGGUGAAGGCUAACCCGGCGUGAACGCGAACCCACUUCCCGGCGAACAGAACCAGCUAUUUUUUUUUUUUCAUUCCUCCCUCCUCUCCUUUUUUUAACAUCACCGUUAGGGCUUUGGACCCAAAAAAAAUGGGGAAAGAUUACUAUAAAACGCUCGGCAUCAGUAAAGGAGCCACGGAGGAAGAUAUUAAAAAAGCGUACAAGAAGCAGGCAUUGAAAUGGCAUCCGGACAAAAACAAGUCGGCGGCGGCCGAGGAGAAAUUCAAGGAGAUCGCCGAGGCUUACGAGGUCCUCAGCGACCCCAAGAAAAGGGACAUCUAUGACCAGCAUGGCGAAGAAGGUCUCAAGGGAGGAAGUGGUCCCCCGGCCGACGGCCAGGGUAACACCUUCUCAUACACCUUCCAUGGAGACCCACACGCCACGUUCGCGACCUUCUUUGGUGGCUCUAACCCCUUUGAGAUGUUCUUCGGGCGCAAGGCGGGAAACGGGCGUGACGACGAGGACAUGGAGGUGGACGGAAACGACCCCUUUGGUUCCUUCACCAGCUUUAACCUAAAUGGAUUCCCCCGGGACGCACACUCCGGCCCAGCAGGGCAGCAGCAACAGCAGCGUCGCAAGCAGGACCCGGCCAUCGUCCAUGAGCUCAGAGUCUCCCUGGAAGAGGUAUUCCACGGUUGCACCAAGCGGAUGAAGAUCUCCCGCAAGCGACUGAAUCCGGACGGUAGGACCAUGCGCACGGAGGACAAGAUCCUCACCAUCGAGAUCAAGCGAGGCUGGAAGGAGGGGACCAAGAUCACGUUCCCGCGCGAGGGCGACGAGUCACCCAACACCAUCCCGGCGGACAUUGUGUUUGUCAUCAAGGACAAGCCGCAUCAACACUUCAGGCGGGAGGGUUCCAACAUCGUGUAUCCCGUCCGGGUCAGCUUACGACAGUCAUUGUGCGGAUGCUCGGUGACCGUGUCCACCAUCGACGGCAACACGUGCAACAUGAAGAUCACUGACGUGGUGAAGCCGGGCAUGAGGAAGACUGUGGCGGGCCAGGGUCUGCCCUUCCCCAAAAACCCAGAGCAGAGAGGAGAUUUGGUGGUGGAGUUUGAUGUGAACUUUCCAGAAACGUUACCUAGCAACGCCAAGGAUGUUCUGAAACGCCAUUUACCCACUUAGGAUGACCCACAGGCUCACACACCCCUGGAUAAAUGUGCAAUAUCUAUCUUUGACCUUUUUGCUGCUUUUUUUUUUUUUUUUUAAUAAAUACCAUGCAUGCUGCCAAACGGAUGGAAGAAUGGACUUCUUAUGUACAUGGGCCUCUUUCCCCGCUAUCACACGCUUUAAUAGGUGCCAUAAAUGUCGUGUGCUAUGUGCCAAAUGACAAUCUCCCUCUUUCAUUCACGUGUCGGGAAUUUUGUCAUGAUUGUGCUUGUAAUUUAAAAUAAAUAUUUACAUAUGAAUUGAGGCAUUUAACAAAUGCUCCUAAGUGAA